AUGCAUAUGAUUGGUCAAAGUGCAGGUCUUACCGCGCGUCCUGAUCCAGAUGGCUACGAUUCAGCUGGUACUGUAGAUAUAUAUGUCAAGGGAGGAGAUGACGACCGGAAGAAGUAUAAGGACAAGGACCCCUGGCAGGCGGCUCGGGAAUUGAAGCGCCUAUGGGACGUUUAUGACGGCGAUGACAAAGCGUACAAGCCUACUACUCCGACAAUCGAAAACGCGGAGAGUUAUGCAGCUGCAGCGCUCGAGUUUUAUUUCCUGGGUCGGUGUGCGGUCGGAGUUUGGUCCACAGCAGAGCAAGAAGUACAAUUCCAAUAG